AUGGCAGAAUUGCAUAUAAUUGGAGAAAUUGUCGGUGGCGAUGGUUUUCCUGAAAAUAGUUUAUUCUGUAAAUGGAGUGUUCACGCAGGAGGUGCCUGGAAGUUGCUUGCUGGGAACAGAGAAGGGCAGACACAGGCAGAUUCCCCGAUGGACGAAGAAUUUGCUUGCUGGAAUCAUCCAUUGGAUCUACAUUUUGUAACGAAAGGAAUACAAGGUUGGCCCAAAAUAAAUGUACAAGUAUAUCAUCAGGACGAAUACGGUCGCAAUGAAUUGUACGGAUACGGGUUUGUUCAUGUGCCAACCUCACCAGGAGUGCAUGAUGUUGAAUGUGUUACAUGGAGACCAGUUGGCUCCUUCACGGAUCAGCUGGCAGAAUACUUCUUAGGAGGCGCAUCUCAGUUGCGAAAGACAGAUGUAGUUUACACAGGUGCAGAUAGAUACAAUUUGCAAACUGCUGCAAUGGGGAAAGUGCACUUCAACCUCGGCAUUGUUCUGAGGAAUUUCGAUAAGUUUGGAGUUGAGUGCUAG